UUUUUCCAGCCAAUCAGAUGAUGACCGGCUAAAAGCGCGCGUAGUGUAUAAAAAUGUGUGUAAAACUGCAAUUCAUACACUGACAUCAGGUGGCGCUGUGUUAUACACUGGAAUACACAAAACUCAGGUUACAGGUAUAAAAGGACAAUUAAAGAAAGUGAGAUAUCACGCUGUUUAUUCAAUGAAAAGUACAAAUACAUGGUCCAAAUCAUGCAAACACUGGCAUAGUUCCUAUAAAACUUUAGAUUUAUGAGAAAAAGUGUUGUUUAGAUACUCAAAAUUUAAAAUACACUCCAUGAUUUAUGCGGACAUUGGCACUGUCCGUGUAUUACCCCUAGGUCCGCGUAACGUAAGUACGUAUUCAGGUCAAAAGGCAGGCUAAACCAUAUAUACCAACACACACACACACACACACACACACACACACCCACACACACACAUUGAGAAGCAACCUCUACCCCUCAAUUACUGCGCUGCCACACCUCCAGCUAUCUCUAAUCUCCGUCGGUGGACCUCGGAGUGCAAGGCUGAAACAAAUUACAGAGCGGGGCGAGGAGGCAGCGAAAGGUGUCACUAAAAAUAACAAACUUCUCAGGAUUCAAAGAAAGAGAGAAAGAAAGCAGAUCAAAUAAAAACAAGGAUGGUUUGACGGAGGAGGAGGGAAGCUGCGGAUUUAUCUCUCGCAGGAGUGUGAGGAGUUUCAAGGAAAGGGAGGACUUCCCCAUCGCUGCCCGCCAACAUGGUGGACCUGUUCCUAGGCCGAGUCCUUGUGGAGAACAACUCGGACCAGGACGAGCUCAACACGGAGCGCGAGAUCAUCGGGAUCCUGGAGAACCGAGUCCUGCUGCUCUUCUUCGCGUCGGCUGAGUGUGAGAAGUGCCAGAGGUUUGUGCCCGUCCUCCACAGCUUUUUCAGGAAGCUGAAAGAUCCAGCGUACAUCGAAUACCCCAAACUGCUCGCUCUCAUCUACAUCAGCUUGGACCAAUCUGGGGAGCAGCAGAAAAAAAUCCUCAAAGAGCUCCACAAAAGGACUUUGUUUUUGCCGUUUGAGGACCCGUACAAAAAGGAGCUCCAGGCCAUGUUUAAGGUGAAGGACGUCCCGGCGGUGGUGGUCCUGCGUCCCGACGGCUCCGUCCUCUCUCCGAACGCCGUGCAGGACAUCUGCCGCUUCGGCACCGACUGCUUCCGCAACUGGCAGGAGUCGGCGGAGCUGGUGGAGAGGACCUUCAUGCUCAACGAGGCGUUCGACGAUCCCAACCUGCGGAGCGCCACCGACCCCGUGAGGAGGCUCAAGUACAAGACCGAAGACGACAAGAGGAACAAGAGAUGGUGGAAGUUGUGGGUGAAGGGAAAAGACAGAAACGAUGAGGAGGAAAAAGACGAAGCCUGGGACAUGAAGAGAAAGAAUGGAGAUGGAGGAAUUUGGCGAAAGAGAUGAAAUAGUUUUUUUUUAUAAUAUAGGCUAACUUUUUUUUUUUUUUUUUGCUAAUUCUGGACAUCUAAAAGGAAACAACUCCUGUUGUUGCUGCUGUGACCCAACAUUGUUUUCAAGAAAUAUGAGAUUAUAGACUAUACAUUAUAUGUUUAAGAAAAAAAUUAAAUGGUCCGUAUAUUUUUUUUAUAGAUAAAACACUCAGAACUGUACAAAGACAGUAAUUUAAAUUAUAAUUAUUUUAUAGGUUUUCUGGAUAAAAAUGUCAGCAAAAAAGAGAUAAAAUACCAAAGAUAACUAAAAAGUAAAGUUCACUUUACAUCAAACAUUUUUGAAAAAAUUCUGUUAAACAAAACAGAGAUAAAACUCUUUAACCUUGUAUACGCCAACGUUAUAACAUUUAUACACUAAGCAUAAGAAUAAAACUGAUACCAGUAAAUAAAAAUGUUUUAGUUUUCUGUCUAUUUUUGACCUAAUGUUAGCACUAUAGCUGAGCUAGAUAUCAUGCUAACAUAGGGCUCAGCUACAUUAUAGCUAAGCUAGCUACUAUAGGAGCUAUACUAGCUAGCUCAGCUGCAGUAGCAAUAGUAGCUAGCUCAGCUAAGUUCAAAGGAUUUUUGUUUAAUUUAUUUAUCUUGGUUAAUAUAUGGAGAUAACCAUGGAAAGUGUGUCCUUUGGUUUUCAAGAUUGUUGUUGCUAAUGUUGCUUUACAUAUAGAAAGCUGUUAAAGUAACUCUUGGACAAAAGUAAAGUAAAUAUUAAUAUUUCAUGUGCUAAAAUGUUGUUUAUAAAGAAAAACUGAAUAAUUUUGUUUUAUGUCUGUGUGAUUGAACCCACACGUUUCACUUAGAGCUUUUAGGAUUCAUUUUUGCUGUCAGAUUCAACAAAUAAGAACAAUAUUGAAAGUUUUACCUAUAUAUGAAACUCAGUUCAUUAAAUGGAAGCAGUGUUGCGUUGGAUGUCUCCACUGACAUCCAACGAAAACACAUUUAUGAAUAUGAUAUUAGAUCAGAUCAAUAAAAUCAUUAAUACAGACGAUUAAUGAAAGUCACACAUGACACCAGCUUACAGGCUGUUAUUUCAAACUGUCCUUUUAGUCAGAUAAAUGUGUUUCUGUGGAACCCAUACUCUAAUUUAUUGAAUAUGACACACUAUUUGUUAAGCAUUGGGCUUUUCCUUUGCAGACAUUCCUUAACAGAAUUCAAGUAAUAUUUUGAGAGUAAACUAUUAAAUCAAAACGGUUCAUGUUCAUUAUGAGCUGCUGUCAUUUGGAUGAAUCAAACUGUCCGUAUCCUCGCUCCUGUACGAAUCCCUAAACAAUAAAUCUUUUGUUGCUCA